AAGCAUAACAAAUUAAUGAAGCUUAAGAUCAUAAUGACAAAGCUUAUCCUUUUCGUGUGGUCGAUAGUUUGUGUGGUGGCUGUGGCCUCUGGUCAAAGUGCCGUUGUGGAGUCUACGUAUCAUCUAUACCAACCUGAGCAGCAUAACUGGGACUUGCUGGCAGUGAGUGCGUAUUGCGCCACUUGGGAUGCAAACCAGCCCCUCUCAUGGCGAAGCAAAUAUGGAUGGACAGCCUUCUGUGGACCUGCAGGGCCUCAAGGACAAGAUUCUUGUGGCAAGUGCUUGAGGGUGACAAACACUCGAACAGGAGAUGAGCAAAUAGCUAGAAUUGUGGAUCAAUGCCAAAACGGGGGUCUGGACUUGGACGUUAGCGUGUUCCAAAGACUUGACUCCGACGGAAAUGGGAAUGCUCAAGGCCAUCUUACUGUUCACUACGAAUUUGUCGACUGUGGUGACUAAACAUUGUAUAAUUCAGCAGAAGGGCUACCAGAUCCAAGAAGGAUUGCUUCUUAUUAGUUAUAUUUAAUGACAAAAGUACAAGCAUAAUCAAUAAGUUAUUUUAGAUAGUUACCGAUUGCAUUGCAUGCAAUUGGAAGCAAAAAUGUUGUUGCUUCAUUUUUUCACAAUAAAAGUCUUAGUGAA